AUGAAGUGCUCUGGUUUCCUUCCCGAGAGUUUGCAUGCCACUUUUAAUAGACACUAUGAUCAGGACACAGUCCCUCUGAGGACCAUUACCAAUGGGCAGCAGAAGGCGCAGGCUGCAGCAGGGCUGGCACUAGCCGCGGCGUUCUCACAGCCUGCAAGGGCGCCGGGCUCGUCACCCCGGGGCGUGGGCAACCCGCGGCCGGCAUCCCUCCCCCAUGCGCCUCCCGGCAAGCAGCGCCUGGCAGUGCCCACCGAGGGCAGGGCGGGGCGCGGGCCGGGCCGCGCUAUAGGUGGGGCCGGCAGCUCGGCCGCCGCUGACGCAGUGCGGGCCAGCAGCGGGAGAGUCCAGGCGGGCGUGGAGGGUUCAGCCCGGCCGCCCGCAGGCCGCGUUCCCAUCGGAGGGGGCAGGGCGCACUCACCCGGCCAGCAGCAGGCCGCCGGCGGCCUGCUGGCUCCGCCGCCACCGCCGAGCUCGCCAUUCAGCGCGCCUCGUCUCCGCCCCAGUCCUGGGGGCCGAGCUGGGGAGAAGGGGCGGGCGCCCGCGAGCAGUGAAUCACCGCCUCCGCCUGCCUCCGAGCCGCCGCCACCUUUCCAUUCAGUCGCCCAACAUGGCUGGAGUGCGGCGGAGGUGAGCCGACCGCCCCCUGCAGCUCCAGCCUCCUGA